AGCCUACUACUAAAAUAAAAAGUUGAUGUUAUUUAUUAUUUGUAAUGUUUUAUUCGAUUUUAUUAAAACAAAGGUAUUGUGGACGGAUGUCAAUCAAAGGGAAAGACCUUGGCGUAGGCCUAGCCUAGGCCUAGCCUAGAAAAAAAAGCAACCCCAUUUUCUGCUGAACUGCCCACGCUCUGAAUCAAAAUGGCGCUGCAGAGAAAGAAAGACGGCAGUCCGAACGCAAAAUAUUUUGAAUCGUUAGAAACAAUUGCUCAGUUCGAGCCUGUGCGGACAUGGCUAUUAAAAAACUGCAAAAAGUAUGUACACGCAGAUCCCCCAACAAACAAGAGCUUGGCAAGUCUGUUAGUUCAGCUGUUGCAGUUUCAAGAAGAAGCAUUUGGAAGAAAUUUUUCUAAUCCAGCUCUCACCAAAUUGCCGAUGAAAUGCUUUUUGGACUUCAAGCCAGGUUCAAGCCUCUGUCAGAUCUUUCAAGCUGUAUUCAAAUUCAAAAGUGAACAAGGAUGGCGCCGGUUCGAUUUUGCCUCCCCAUCCCGCAUGGACCGCAAUGUAGAGAUGUUCCUGCAGGUGGAGAAAGCAUUGGUUGGCUCCCGCUGUUUUGUCCUGCCCCAAAUUUUUAUAAAGCCAGAGGUUGACAAGGCUCUGGUGCCCAAGCUUCGCGACAUUGUCAAGCGACACCAGGGGACUGUGGUGGACACGGUCGAGUCAGCCAGUCACAUCGUGCACACCAUGCCUCAGAACCCCCCUGCGCAGGAAGGUGAAUCGGAGGAAUUUUUCAGACCAACCAUGAAGAGAGACAAAGGAUACAACAUUCACUGGUGGUACUUUCCAGACAGCUAUGAUUCCUGGGUGACUGAUGUGAACAUAGAGUAUGACUUCGACCAGAACGAGAAGCCUGCAGUAUGGGAGGUCAGUGCGCGGUGGCUUCUGGACCUGGAGGAGUUCAACGAAUGGAUGAAUGAGGAAGAUUAUCUCGUGGAGGACGAGUUUAAUGCUGAAGGGAAAAAGACAAAGAAGUUUGGGAAGGUUCGUCUCACUGUGGAUGAUGUGCGAGACAGUCCAGACGCAGACAAAAGCAGACGACAGAAGAAGGGCAACACAAAACGGAAGAGGUCACCGUCCCCUCCCGCUGAAAAGAUCAAGAGAAAAAGCUCGCGGGCAGCGGCAAUAGGGGCCAGCAAGAAGCGCAAAUGGGAGGAGGAAGAGGAGGACAGCACCAAAGACAUGGAGGACCCCGUGCCCGAGACAAACAUCCAGGAGGUCCACAACCCCAAGACAGAUACGUAGCGUACCGUAACUUCAUGAUCGACACAUACCGACUGAACCCCACUGAGUACCUGACGUCCACCGCAGUGAGGAGGAACCUUGCUGGUGAUGUGUGCUGUAUCAUGAGAGUGCACGCGUUCCUGGAGCAGUGGGGUCUGAUCAACUACCAGGUGGAUGCGGACAGUCACCCAACUCCCAUGGGACCCCCGUCCACCUCACACUUCCACAUUCUGGCCGACACCCCAUCCGGCAUCACAUCCAUCAACCCACCACGGGUCAACCAGCCAUCUGCUGCCCAAGAAAUCUGUGACUUCAGCGACAAGAAGGAUAAGGAAAAGGAAGGCGAGGACAAGAAAGAGCUCGGAAGCGUUGGCCUUAAAACGGACAUGUACACACGCAAAGCUAUGAAGGACAAGAACCCGUCCAUGCGUAGCCGCGAGUGGUCGGACCAGGAGACUCUGCUGCUGCUGGAGGCCCUGGAGCUCUACAAGGAUGACUGGAACAAGGUGUGCGAGCACGUGGGCAGCCGCACGCAGGACGAGUGUAUCCUGCACUUCCUGCGCCUGCCCAUCGAGGACCCGUUCAUGGAGGAGGACGACGGACAUCUGGGUCCCCUGGUGUACCAGCCAGUGCCCUUCUCCAAGACGGGCAACCCCAUCAUGUCCACCGUGGCGUUCCUGGCCUCCAUCGUUGACCCCCGGGUGGCCAGUGCGGCCGCUAAAGCUGCCAUGGAGGAGUUCUCCAAGAUGAAGGACGAGGUCCCCCCCUCUAUCGUGGAUGCUCACACAAAGACUGUCCUCAACGCCAGCAAGGACGGCCAGUCCGUGGAGCCCACAUACGGGCUCGAGAAGAGUGGUAUUGCCGGCACAGGACGGAGAGAAAGCGUCGGGCGACGCCAGCGACAAGGACAAGGAGUCGAGCGGGGAGGACAAGUCGAAGAGCAGCGAGGACGUAGCCGAGAAGGACAAGGACGGAAAAGCCGUGGUGGAGGACAAGCCCAAAGAGGACGACCCUGCAGCUGUCGUGUCUACUGCUGCUGCUGCUGCUCUCGCCGCUGCGGCUGUCAAAGCCAAGCAUCUAGCAGCGGUGGAGGAGCGUAAGAUCAAGGGCCUGGUGGCUCUGUUGGUGGAGACACAGAUGAAGAAGCUGGAGAUCAAGCUGAGGCACUUUGAGGAGCUGGAGACCAUCAUGGACAAAGAGAGGGAGUCGCUGGAGUACCAGCGGCAACAGUUGCUUCAGGAGCGCCAGCAGUUCCACAUGGAGCAGAUCCGUGCGGCUGAGUACCGGGCCCGGCAGUUUGCCACCCAGCAGAUGAUGGAGAGCAAGAGCACGUCGGGGACGCCUCCCCCGGUCAACGGUCACGACACCCAGGCCAUGAUGUCCUCGGGCCCGGGGGCCACCUCUGCCACGGCCCAGAACCCGGCCCUGGCGGCAGCCGUCAGUCAGAGCAGUAGCUACGCCAUGCAUGGCUCGCCCAUGCCACCUCAGGGGCCACAGGUACAAGCCUCCCAGGUGCCCCAGGGCUCCCCCUCCGCCACACCCACCAGCACCCCGAUCACCUCCGCACCCCUCACGUCAGCAGCACUGUUAGCCUCCUCCUCCGCCCCCUCCUCCUCAUCAUCAUCUGUCGCCGGGGUCACCACCAAUGCCGCCCUGCCCGCGUCCACCACCCCGACCCCCUCAGCAUCUCAGUCAUCGUCAUCAUCAUCAUCAUCCUCGUCAUCAUCGACAACAACAACAACAACAACAGCA